AUGGAGCCCGCCGGCCUCGUCAUUGGGGUCGCUGGGCUCGCCGGGCUCUUCAACGCCUGCCUAGAAGCCGUUGACACGGUACAGUCCUACCAAACAUUCGGAACUGACUCGCACGUUCUAGAUACUCGAUUCAAGGCUGCCAAAACCCGCUUCGAGAGAUGGGGCCCGAGUGUGAGGAUCAAGCAAGGCAAGCUGCUCCCCAAUCAUCACCCUGUCCUAGACGACAACGAUAUAUCUGUGGUGGUGACGGACUUGCUACAUAUAAUCAUCAAGACUAUUUGCGAUGCGAACAACUCGCCUCAACGUCUGCCCCCCUUCGCUGCGGCAUCCUGGUCGAGACGAGGGAAGAUGUCGUGGGCACUCCGGGGCAAAAGAGGGCGCGUCGAACAGGUCGAACUAUUUGAAAAGCUAGUGCAAGAACUGCACAACCUGGUGCCCCCGACUACGGGGGAUAAUACACGACCGGCACACAAGCUGGACACAGGACACUCCGAUACUCUCGCACGAGGCAUGGACUCAAGAAGACUGAAACGUGGCUGUCGUCUGACGAGACUAGGGACUACUUCAGGUCACGCAUGGCAUGUUGAGAUACGACGGAUCCUGGCUCGGAUCGAAGGCGAAGUUAGAGCCGAGACGCAACGGAAACUCCACUCAUGGCUCGGCCACUCUCUCGACGAACGUUACCACGACUCCCUCGAAAAAAGACUGAUCGGCACGUGCAAUUGGAUCUUCGACCGGCCCAUGUUUCAGCACUGGCUGUCCACGGAGUUCUCCACAAGGCCUAAGCUGCUGUGGGUCAAUGGGCCUGCGGGAUUUGGGAAGACGAUUCUCUGCGCCCACGUCGUCGAACAUCUCUCCCGCGAAGAUCCCUUCUCGGCCCUACGGUUAUGGGUCUCUCAGAUCGUGUCACGUCACGAGGGUGCAUUCGAGCACGUUCGCCAGAAGUGGGAGUCUGACUCGGAUCCUGUCGCAGCACGCUACACUAUCAUAUCGCUCUUCACACAACUCCUCCACGCCAUCCCUGGCUACACGUUCGUUGCGGAUGGCCUAGACGAAUGUACCUCGUUAGGUAACAUCAACACUUCGGUUGCGAAAUUUCUCCACGAUAUUACAAAUGCGGUUACCGGGACGAACGCCCGACUGCUUAUUGUGAGUCGCGACGAGCCCGAAUUCCGACGCGCCCUCAUGAACGACGCGCGCGAGAGCUUUGCCGAGUACAGGAUCGUACCUGAAGACGUCCGAUCUGACACUGCCGCCUACUCCCAAUCCAUUGUCGACAGGAAACUCCCCAAUAAGAGCGACGAUAUCCGGUCGACUCUCUCCGAAGCAAUGACCAAUCGAUGCCAAGGCCAAUUUCUCUGGCUUAAAAUGCAAGAGGAAUCCCUGAGAAGAGGGAUGAACAAGAAACAACUUCAGAGCGCCAUUGAAAACACGCCAACUGGGCUUGAACAUCUCUACGACCGUAACUGGACUAGAAUCACCCGGUUAGGAGAGUGGGAGAAGCAGCGUGCAUUCGCCCUUCUGCGCUGGACUGCGUUCGCACUACGACCCUUGACUGUCUGUGAGAUCACCGAAGCCGUCCUUGUCGUCGAAUUCGAAGACUUGCCAUUGGACGAUUUCCCUGAUGCGGUGGAUGACGAUUACGUCGAUAGCGAGAUAAUUGGCCUCUGUGGCCCUCUCUUAGAGGUUAAGAAUGACCCUACCAAUCCUUCUGUGGGCCAAAGGACAGUGCAUCUACCGCACUUUACCGUCCGACAAUUUCUGCUCCACCAGCUCCCUACACCGGAUUGGACCCAACAGAACAAUCGCUUGCAACUUUCUCAUGAGAAGGUCCAGAACGCCGUCCUUGCUAAGGCCUGCCUUCACUAUGAUCCCUCGUCUCUUGGUCUGUCGUUGCGAAGCUAUGCGGCAACGGCCUGGCAUCGACAUGUUCACUUGGGCGUACGCAACGAGGCCGAAAUAGUCAAGCUCUGCAUCAAAUUUCUCGACCUAGACAAUCCCAAUUGGGAAGCUUGGAGAUCGUUGAUCGAGCCAGGGAAAGUAGGACAAGGAAACAAAGAAGCCGAGACCAUCCCACCUGGUCCGCUCUACUACGCAAUAAAGCUGCACUUGAACGACAUGGCAAUUGCUCUGGUCACUGAGCAAAGCGCGAAUGAGAGUAGCAGUUUGGGAAGGUCACCCCUUGGCGUCGCUUGCGCUAAUGGGUGCAUUGACGUUGUUGACGUGCUUCUCAAGAAAGGGGCCGACCUUACGGUUACAAAUCGCAAUGGAUGGACACCUCUGCAUGCAGCAUCAUAUAAUGGACACGAACAUAUUGUCGAUCUCUUACUUGAUCGUGGUUGUAGUGCGGACCUCAGGGAUAAAGAAGGUCGGACACCUCUGUCGUGUGCUGCGGAGAAAGGACACGAGCCAGUAGUGAGGCGACUUCUCGCUAUGAAUGCUGUCGAUGUGAACACGAGGCGUGUCAUUUACCCAAAGUCAGUCUUUUAUGGGGCAUGGUGCGAUGACAAAGAGGUUGCCAAGUUCUUGUUUCCUGCAGACGACAGCCCGGGACUUGGUUUUUUUGGCUCCCUUCUACCUUCAGUAAACUCGGGCGACAUCACCUUGGUCGAUUUAAUGGAAGCCCUUAGGCACCUUGAAGGUGGUGAGGUCGAAGCGAUCAAGUCUGGUCAAACAUCAGUUUUAUUGACAGCGCCCGACAUCUCUAACAAGGUGGAGCUGGUGCUCGCUAGAGACGUCAAUAUUAAGACUGGAACAACUCCGCUCCACCUAGCAGCCCGGAAUGGCCAUGCCACGGUAGUCAGGACAUUGCUUGAAGUGAGAGGCCUUGCCACGGACCCCGUGGACGAGUCUAAUCGAACCCCGCUGAUGCUUGCCGCAGCGGCUGGGCACGAGGCGGUGGUCAGACUUCUUUUUGGGGAAAAUGGUGUCAAUACCAAUUUCAUGGACGGGUACUAUCAGACGCCGCUCUCCCUGGCUGUGAAAUACGGACAUGAGGCCGUAACCAAGCUUUCGUUGGAUAAUGGCAUAGGAAUUUUGCAAAAUGAAGUGCGUAAGCGAACUUAG